AUGGGAGAAGGUGGCGAGUCACCAGUAGCCGUGAAGAAUGGCGAUACUAUUUUUAUCGGUCAAUACUUGUUUACCGGAAGUGAAACAACUUCCGUGUGGCUGGAGGUCAGAGAGAUCAUUGGUGAUGAUGUCACUUGUGUCAUAAAAAAUUCUGCUACACUUGCUGGGUCAUUGUAUACUUUACAUGUCUCUCAAAUUCGUAUUGAUCUUCCUACUCUUACCGAUAAGGAUAAGGAGGUAAUAAGCACAUGGGGUGUCCAAAACAAUAUAGACUUCCUUUCUUUAUCAUACACCAGGCAUGCUGAAGAUGUUAGCCAUGCCCGCGAGUUUCUCUCUAAAUUUGGUAACCUCAAACAGACACUGAUUUUUGCGAAGAUUGAAAAUAUAGAGGGAUUGACACAUUUUGAUGAGAUAUUGAGAGAAGCAGAUGGUAUCAUCCUCUCUCGUGGAAAUUUGGGGAUAGAUCUCCCUCCAGAGAAGGUAUUUUUAUUUCAAAAAGCAGCUAUUUACAAGUGUAACAUGGCUGGAAAGCCGGCUGUUGUCACACGUGUUGUGGACACUAUGACUGAUAAUCUAAGACCUACUCGUGCUGAAGCAACUGAUGUUGCCAAUGCAGUGUUGGAUGGAAGUGAUGCAAUUGUUCUUGGGGCAGAGACUUUGCGAGGAUUAUACCCUGUAGAGACUAUUUCCAUUGUUGGAAAAAUUUGUGCUGAGGCCGAGAAAGUUUAUAAUCAAGAUUUAUAUUUCAAGAGGACUGUCAAAUAUGUGGGAGAGCCGAUGACUCAUUUGGAAUCCAUAGCUUCCUCUGCGGUUCGAGCAGCCAUCAAGGUUAAGGCCUCUGUUAUUAUUUGCUUCACUUCAACUGGAAGGGCUGCAAGGCUGAUUGCGAAGUACCGACCAACCAUGCCUGUGAUAUCUGUUGUCAUUCCUCAGCUAAAGACAAAUCAACUCCGAUGGACUUUCACUGGAGCUUUUGAGGCAAGGCAAUCACUUAUUGUGAGAGGUCUUUUCCCUAUGCUGGCAGAUCCACGACAUCCUGCUGAGUCUAGUAGUGCAACAAAUGAAUCAAUUUUGAAGGUUGCUUUAGACCAUGGCAAGGCUUAUGGUAUCAUAAAGCCACAUGAUCGAGUUGUUGUGUGCCAGAAAGUUGGUGACUCCUCGGUUGUGAAGAUUAUUGAGCUUGAAGAUUAGAACUUGUAUCAUUUUCAAGGUUGAAUUAUAAGAUUUCUUCUUCAUCUCAGCUUUUUCUUUUGCAUGUUGUAAUAAUUAAAAAAAAAAAAAAAACAUCAAAGAUAUGGCAGUAAUGUGUGCUUUUAAAAUUUAUAUGCCCAAAAAGGGAAACUUC